GCUCGAAUUGAUGGCGUGGCUUCUCAUUAGGUUAUCAAAUUGAAUUAUUACCGGCCCGUCGACGUACGUUAUGACGAGCUCUGCAAAUCAAACGUUUCGUAUUGUGAAAAACGCAUGCAGAAUGGAGAAAAGUCGCCGGGUUAUUCCAAAACGGUAUAUUCUCGCACGCGAGUUGCGUAAGCUUCCACGCUUUGAUAAUAUUUCGGAAGGAAGUGGUCGGUGAGACCGCAAUCAGUCUCCUGGUAAGAUUAAAGCUUUUAGUACGUGACAGUCGCUCGCCGUUGCGUAUACUUUACGGUGGAAAUUUGUAAGUUGCGUAACAUCGACAAGUUGUUCACACUCUGCAAAAAGAUCCCUCCAGUUGAUGUACAUUUUCGUGGCGAUUAGCCGAAGAAGAUAUGCCUUGCCGUCAAACGUAUGAGGUGAACAAACGGCAGUUGAACAAAGCUGCUCAACGAGACCAGUCGUACAGAAACUGCCUGGGUGCUCUGCUCAUCUUCUUCUUCCUGUGCCUCAUCCUCAUCCUGGCCUGCAUACCUUGGAAAACGCGAAAUCAGGGAAGGUAUAGCAGCGAUGAAUAUAGCAAAUACGAUUCACAGUAUCACCACGGGGAACCCAUAAAGGGAUCAACAACCACUACAACUACUACAGCCACUACAACCGCUACGAUCACCGAGGCGACAUUAACGGGAAUCAAAGAUGUUAUUAUCAUCGAAAACUCGACUAUCCCCUGGAAGAAGGACGAAGAAGGAUCUGAUACUCACGAGAGUUACAAAGAAGGAAAAACCCAGAACAAAGUAACGGUGUCUACCGAAAAGAUAUUUAAGCCAAAUGACGAAGACUACUCUACGGAGAAAGGCACGGAAAGUUUGGAAUACAUUACUGAACAACUCGAAGAAGGUAAAGGCGCGACUACGAACAAGGACAUUUCGGUCGCACCGCGACAGACGGUUUUAACAUCGCCGAGUGGAACAAUUACAACUUCUGGCUAUUCUUCCGAUGAAUAUCAUAGUUCGCAGAAGUCGGAACUUGGUAUAGUGACUGAUGAUAUUACAACUUCCACAUCGUCCACUCAAUCAGCCGAUCACACGACAAGUGGAACUACAGUUUCUACCAGCGAGUAUGUGGAAUUGAAAAUUAAGGACAUAACUCAACGCAACGUUACAUCUUCAACUUUAUCAACUCGGCGCGCCGAGGAAAUUACAACUGAUAAGUAUUCUUCCAGCGAAUAUCACAGUUCGGAGAAAUCAGAACUUGAUAUGACGGAGGAUGCAACUGCAAAUCCUACCGAUGGAUAUCUAAUGUCAGAAAUCAACGACACCACUGAUAAUAUUACACAUUUGACAUCGUCAACUCGAUCGACUGAUCUUGAAGAAAAUUCUACGGGCAUUCACGAGAUAUCAAAAGCCAGUGUUGCUGCUGUGACCUCGACGAUGACCCCUUCGACAGAUUUAGAAGAAAGUACGAGCGUUGAACAUUCCUACGAUGAACAUCAUUAUCCGCAGGAAUCGCAAUCUGUCGUCACGAUAAUUUAUCGUACUGCCCAGACUACAACAGCGGCUACAACUCGUUUCGAUCCUGAGGAAGAUGAACAUACGGGAUAUUCUACUGACCAAUAUUUAAAUCAAGAAAAAGAAUCUACAGGAUACGACGAGACAUCAGUUAAUAAUGAUGACGUAAUAACUGGAAGUUCCCUUGUCACAGAGGAUUACACUCCGUCUCUGAACAAAGACUCCCCUGCAACUACGGACAUUAUAAACGAAGCUGAGAACACGACGUACGUCACCACAAGUGCAAGGAGUCAAAGCAAAAAUGCUGAAACGUUCGCCGAUGGCUCAACUGUUGUUACAACAGAGAAAUCUUCCACGUACAAUUAUACGAGCGCAUUUAAUUCUUCUACGUCGAGCAUGUCAAGAACCAACAUCACUUCAUUUUAUAACAACAUGACUACAACGGUAUCGCCACUUCCCGACGAGGAAAAAGACAUUUGCAACACGGAGCACUGUAAGCGCAUCGCCAGCAAAAUGUUGUCCUACAUGAAUCACUUAGUUGAUCCUUGCGACGACUUUUACGAGUACGCCUGCGGCGGCUUCGAGGCGAAUCCGCAACUGGUAGACACCGACUUGAUGCGACAGUCCAACAAUUAUCAGCGGAUUGCGAGACAGAUGGUGAAGGAGAAACGCGAAAAUAUACAUUCGCCUUUUGCGACUUAUUACGACAGUUGCGUGCAAUAUGAAAGAACUGUGAACUUCAACGAGAGAGUGGAGAUGGCGACCAAUGCGUUGAGAGAUGUGGGAAGAUUUUAUAUAAACGCCACUUGGCUUAACAAUUACACGGACUUCACUAAUUUGUUCGUCCAAUUAAUGUCACAUCACAGCGCUCUUUUAUUCGACGUUAUGCCGAAAUUCGACGAAUAUUCGACCAAUUUCACGCUACAGAUAAGCCCUCCAAAGGAUGAGAAUCCUUUUAUGACGGAACGCGCAGACGAUCUAUGCUCCGAAGACGAGUUUGAGACGGAAAAGCAAUACGUGAAUCUCACAGCUUUGUACGACAGUUAUAAAAAGUGCAAUAAAAAUACUGAAGAAUUUUUGAGAUCCAUCAAAGAAGCGUUAACAGUAUUCAGCGUCUUCAAGGGUUUGAACGAUAGUCACUUAACAUGGGAACAGCAGUCUCAAUAUAUAGAAAAGACCGUCCACGACAUCGAUUUUAUUAUAAUGCAAGGAUAUUUUUCGCACUUUCCUUCGAAGGACAAAAUCCAGGAGACCUAUGCGAUGAAUAUCUACUACAAAAUUAGUUUGAAAGAUUUGCAAAGGAAGAGCAUGCUUGUGAAUUGGACGCAAUUGAUUCAUUCGCUAAUAGGAACGGACAUAAUGGAAACGAACUCGAUAAAUAACAAUGAUUUACACAUUUAUUUAUACAAUUCAUUGAUAAACGGUUUGUCUGGGCUAGAAAAAUUCGCUGAAGAGGAUCCAAUGAGCCUGAAUAAUGCUAUUAUGGGGUUAUACGCACAUAAACUUUAUCGCGAGUUGGUUCUGUCGAGACGCAGUGACAUGAAGAAUCAUUGUCUGCAAGUAGCUAUUAAUCUUCUACGCUUAGAAGCGUCCAGUUUAUACAUUUCGUCCUUUUCCGACCUGGAAAUAAGGAAGAUGAACGAAUUGAUAGACAAUUCGUUCAAAGAUCUGAAACAAACAUUAAAAAAGAACACAGAAGGAAUGGAAUGGACCCAUGAAAAUGGACGAAAUGCUUUGUUGGACAAAGUCAACAGUCUCAAGCUCAGCCUGCCUGCCAUUUCUUACUACAGAGAUAGAGAUUCACUCUACACUGAUUAUAAUAUGUCGCAGGUUAUUCUGUACAAUAAUUAUUUCAACAAUUCGAUGAUUUUGCUGAAAAGACACAGGACCCUGAUGUACUCCAUACUGAGAAGACAAGUUGAUGAAGAAAGACGAAUUUGGGCGCAUUAUACGACGCCUUUUCAGUCCAAAGCUCGAGUGGUAUAUAGUUCGAACCUUGUCGUGAUCCCUUACGGCAUUAUCGAUUGGCCUUCGAUAAACGAUGAGCAUAUAUUGAACUACAUCCUGUUGGCGACGCUCGGAAAUUUAAUAGCUCAUCAAAUCGCCCAUCACUUCGACGCUAAUGGUUUAUAUUCUUUGGUGUCGAACAAGAACGCAAUAUACGAAGAUGACACGGGCGAUAUAAACUUAGACGAUUACAUCAAUUGCCACAAGGAUGACUUAUACAAAGAACCUCUGAACUUCACAUUACCUCUCACCGAGCAAACCGUGUCUCUUAUGAUCCCGCGAUUGACCUUGAACGAGCGGUUGUCUGAUGUCAUGGGACUCAGACUAGUCUAUGACACUUUGGCUCUUACGAGAUCGAAUGCGGAAAAGCGACUCCCGUGGAUAAAACUCCGCAUCGAGCAAUUAUUCUAUCUCGCCUACGCUCAGAUGUAUUGCACGAAAUCAUCGCUAACGUCGUCGUACGUGUCUCUGUACGAGAACGAGGACCUGCCGAGCCGGAUCCGCGUGUUUAUCUCCGUGUCGAACAAUCUUUUCGUCGCUAACGAGUGGAAUUGCCCGAUGGGCUUGCAGAUCUCACCUACCAACGUUUGCAGCGUGUUUCCGUACAUAGACUUGAAGACCACGUAGGCCUUGUUGUGAGGAUCGUUCGCGGAAACGUGACUGCAUGGUUGCCCGCAGACGUUACGAUCUAAUAGAUUUAUGAGAACGAUCGGAAAGUCUAAUCGACAAAAGGAAGCGUGAGACCGCUAAACUACGCGAGAUCCUACGCAUGAUGUGUAGUCGAAGAAAAUCUCCCCGAUGCGCUUAGAUUUCUUUUUCUACCUUUUCGUCAAGAUUGAAUUAGAUAUGUUGAUCUAGAUGUAGGACUUCACCUUGCAACGAUGCAAGAUAAAACACAGAUUGUGAGGCUUGCAUCUCUAAUUCAAUCCUGAAGAGAAUUGCUUCUUUCUUCCAUCUCUUACAGAAGAAGAAACUUUCGUGCAAUAAAUAUUUAUAUGUACAUGUGUCACAUGUCAAACUUAAAAACAAUGCUUCGGUAAAUGCGUAACCGCAAGCGCAUCAUCUGUAAGAUACUAUUAACGCUGGGAAAAGAAGAAAGAACACUGGCAAACGAACUUUGUCGCAAAUACAUAUGAUAAGUAAUAAUAGGUUGAUAUGAAUAGGA